CAGCUCUCUACCUCACGCGCCAGCUCCGUCGCCUCCCUAUAUAUGCGCCCGCCUGCUUCCCUCUCAAAUCACUAGCAAUCAAAUUUGACUCGAGGCGCUACCUUACCAGACGUCGCCGUUUCGCAGCUCUCUCCCUUCCCGCCACCGCUUCAGCCAACCCUAGAAUGGGCUCCCUCUCUGCUCUUGGCGAGGAGUUGCAGUACCCGCCCGCUCGGAGGGACGAGUCGGUCGUCGACGAUUACUUCGGCGUCAAGGUUUCCGAACCUUAUCGAUGGCUUGAAGAUCCUGAUAGUGAGGAGACGAAGGAGUUCGUGCAGAAUCAGGUGAAACUGACCGAAUCGGUUCUGAAGACAUGCGAUACAAGGCAAAAGCUUCAUGAUAGGAUCACAAAGUUAUUCGAUCACCCUCGAUAUGAAGCACCCUUUAGGAGAGGAAACAAGUUCUUUUACUUCCAUAACACUGGUCUUCAGGCUCAAAGUGUCCUUUACGUGCAGGAUAGUUUAGAUGCAGAAGCAGAGGUCUUGCUUGAUCCUAAUAUGCUUAGUGAGGACGGUACAGUCGCUCUGAACACGCUUUCUGUGAGCGAGGAUGCCAAAUACUUAGCUUAUGGGCUCAGUACAAGUGGCAGCGAUUGGGUGACAAUUAAAGUUAUGCAGAUAGAGAAUAAGAAAGUUGAGGCAGACACUUUAUCAUGGGUUAAGUUUACAUCUAUUAGUUGGACACAUGACAACAAAGGGUUCUUCUACUGCCGGUACCCAACUCCCAAUGAUGGGGAUGUUGAUGCUGGGACAGAGACCGACGCAAACCUCUAUCAUGAGGUGUACUACCAUUUCUUAGGAACUGAUCAAGCAGAUGAUAUUUUAUGCUGGAAGGAUUCCGACCAUCCCAAGUACACGUUUGGGGCCACGGUUACUGAUGAUGGGAAGUAUAUUCUUUUGUCCAUCACUGAAGGUUGUGAUCCUGUGAACAAGAUCUACUACUGUGACAUGUCCAGCCUUACAGAAGGCCUUGAAGGCUACAAGAAAAGAAACGAACUGCUUCCCUUUGUCAAACUUGUAGAUAAUUUAGAUGCAAUGUAUCAGCUUGUUGCAAAUGAUGAAACCGUAUUUACAUUCCUGACGAAUAAAAGCGCCCCGAAAUAUAAAUUAGUUCGCGUGGAUCUGAAGAAGCCAAAUGUUUGGACUGAUGUUGUACCAGAAGCUGAGAACGAUGUCUUGGAAUUAGCACGGGCGGUCAAUGGUAACCAAAUGAUAUUGAGUUACUUGAGUGAUGUGAAGCACGUCCUGCAGACAAGGGAUUUGGAAACUGGUGCUUUGCUUCACCCAUUACCCAUUGACAUUGGCACGGUUUAUGGUAUCUCUGCUCGUCGGGAGGAUAGCAUGAUUUUUAUUGGUUUUACUAGCUUUCUCACUCCGGGCACUAUCUAUCAGUGCGAUUUACAAAGUGGGGUCCCAGAUAUGAAGAUAUUCCGAGAAACCGUUGUCCCAGGUUUUGAUCGUUCAGAGUUCCAUGUUGAUCAGGUGUUUGUGCCUAGCAAAGAUGGUACUAAGAUACCGAUGUUUAUAGUGGCCAGAAAGAAUGUCCCCUUGGAUGGUUCAUCUCCAUGCUUGUUGUACGGUUAUGGUGGAUUUAACAUUAGCAUUACCCCAUCAUUCACUGUUAGUCGUAUUGUUCUCAUAAAACAUAUGGGAGCCGUUUUUAGUAUAGCAAAUAUUCGAGGUGGUGGCGAGUAUGGAGAAGAAUGGCACAGAGCAGGAUCACUGGCGAAAAAGCAAAAUUGCUUUGAUGACUUCAUUUCGGCUGCUGAGUAUCUUGUAUCUGAAGGUUAUACUCAACCUAAAAAGUUGUGUAUCGAAGGAGGAAGCAAUGGUGGGCUUCUCAUUGGUGCUUGUAUAAAUCAGAGACCGGAUCUUUUUGGUUGUGCAUUGGCUCAUGUGGGUGUUAUGGACAUGUUGCGAUUUCACAAAUUUACCAUUGGUCAUGCAUGGACUACUGAUUUUGGCUGUUCUGACAAUGAGGAAGAGUUCCAUUGGUUAAUUAAGUACUCUCCGUUACAUAAUGUGCGGAGGCCAUGGGAGCAUUCGGAUAAAUCGACACAGUAUCCCUCUACUAUGCUAUUGACUGCUGAUCACGAUGAUCGAGUUGUCCCAUUACACACACUGAAGUUUUUAGCGACUAUGCAAUAUGUGCUGUGCACAAGCUUGGAAAACUCCCCUCAGACCAACCCGAUCAUUGGUCGCAUCGACUGCAAGGCUGGACACGGAGCUGGGCGUCCCACCAAGAAACUGAUUGAUGAAGCUGCUGAUCGAUAUGGCUUCAUGGCAAAGGUGGUGGGUGCCUCCUGGACCGAUUAGGCAAUGGAAGCUGUACAUGCAAGAGCUUUGGGCAGACCCACAAGUUCCUAUCUGUUAUGCCAUUUGCAUACUGUAGUUUAUGUGGAGGAUUGACUGAGUAAUCUGAUCAAUUAUCCAUCUCGAUUGUGCAGAUUAAACAACAAUUUUAAUCGUAACUUCAAUACAAUGAAAAAUACUAUUUUUGGGUCAA